AUGGCUGCAGCUUCAGCGCUCUCUCGAGGCGCCCUUGACGUGAUCUUCAAUGAUCCCGACAAGGCCGCCAAGCUCUUCCCCGUACCCGUCUUGCAAUGCCUCCAAGUCAAGCAGAUGGCCCCUUCGGCCCAAGGUGGAGAACGAUACCGCCUCGUUAUGAGCGAUGGCCAGCAUUACGUUCAGACCAUGCUUGCCACACAGGCCAACCACGUCGUUCGCGACAACAAGCUCGUCCGAGGCUGCUUUGCCCGGAUCAAGCAAUACACUCCCAACAAUCUGAAGGGCAAGAAUAUCCUUGUCAUCCUCGAUCUCGAAGUCGUCGAAUCCCUUGGCAUCCAGGACAAAAUUGGCGAGCCGGUCGCGGUCGACGCAAAGCCACCCGGUCAGGAGGGUGCCAUCGCCGGAGGAGACUUCUACGGUGUUAAGAAGGAGGAACAAAAGCCACAGCCCCAACAAUUCCAGCAGCAGCAACAGCAGCAGUCGAUGCCUUCGCGACCAGCCAUGCACGGUGGCAGCAACAUCUACCCCAUCGAGGGCCUGUCGCCCUUUGCGCACAAGUGGACCAUCAAGGCUCGAGUCACCUCCAAGUCGGAUAUCAAGACAUGGCACAAGGCCACAGGCGAGGGAAAGCUGUUCAGCGUUAACCUUCUGGAUGAGAGUGGUGAGAUCAAAGCCACUGGUUUCAACGAGCAGUGCGAUGCCUUCUAUGACCGCCUGCAGGAGGGCUCUGUUUAUUACAUCUCCACUCCUUGCCGAGUGUCACUGGCCAAGAAGCAGUUCUCCAACCUUCCCAACGACUACGAGCUCGCUUUUGAGCGGGAUACAGUCAUCGAGAAGGCCGAGGACCAGACCAAUGUACCUCAAGUGAGGUUCAACUUCUGCACCAUCCAGGAGCUGCAGAGCGUGGAGAAGGACAACACAGUCGAUGUGAUCGGUGUGCUCAAGGAGGUCGGCGAGAUUGGAGAGAUUGUAUCCAAGAAGGACGGCCGACCUUUCCAGAAGCGAGAGCUAACCCUCGUGGAUGAUACUGGCUACUCAGUCCGUGUUACAGUUUGGGGCAAGACGGCCAACUCGUUCGACGCCCCUGCCGAGUCUGUUGUAGCCUUCAAGGGCACCAAGGUAUCCGACUUUGGUGGAAAGAGUCUCAGUCUUCUUUCUUCUGGCACGAUGAGUGUCGAUCCCGACAUUCCUGAUGCUCACCGACUCAAGGGAUGGUAUGACUCCGCUGGACGAACAGACACUUUUGCAACCCACCAGGGCAUGGCAAGCAUGGGCAACGCCACCGGCCGAAAGGACGAGAUCAAGACUAUCUCUCAGGUCAAGGAUGAGAACCUUGGCAUGGAUGACCAGGCCUACUACACCAUCAAGGCGACUAUCGUCUUUAUGAAGCAAGACACCUUUUGCUACCCAGCCUGUGCUUCCCAGGGCUGCAACAAGAAGGUGACGGAGAUGGGAGAUGGCACUUGGCAUUGCGAGAAGUGCAACGUGUCGCACGAUAAGCCGGAAUACCGAUACAUUCUGUCUCUCAACGUGGCCGACCACACCAGCCACCAAUGGCUCAGCUGCUUCGAUGAUUCUGGCCAGAAGAUCCUGGGUCGUACAGCCAAUGAGAUGAUGGAGCUGAAGGAGUCGGAUGACCCAACCAAGUUCACGGCGGCAUUUGAGGAGGCCAACUGCAAGAAGCUCACGUUCCGAUGCAGAGCAAAGAUGGACAACUUUGGCGAGGCUCAGAGGAUACGAUAUCAGGUGAUGAGUGCUAUGCCCCUGGACUUUACUUCGGAAGGCAACAAGCUCAAGGAGAUGAUUAAGGAGUACGAAAACAUGGGAGUAUGA